UUAAAUUCUGCUCUGUCAGAGAGAGCAUCUGUCAAGCCCACACUGAAACUGCUGCCUGCCUGUGCAGCAGCUGAGGAACCGUAGAUUUCAUAUUACAGACUAAAAGCCGCGUAGACCUGCUCAAAAUCCUUUCUGCAGCUGCCAGGCAACAAGAAAGAGUUCAAUCCUAUUUCUUCCCAACAGAAUCGAAGCACUACAUUCUAGCUCUAGCUGCUUUGCGUUGCAGCCCAGUGUUAUACUAGAAAUAUGGAUACUGAGCAGAGAAUACAGCACUGCAUUGUCCGGCUCGGAAAACAGCAGAUGUAAAAAGCUUCAAUGCAUCAACUGUCGAGAAGAGUCAACAGUGCUCCAGACAGAAAAGACAACUGCAGCUCUUUUGUUUGAAGAAAGAGAAAAGAAAAUGAAAGAAGAGGAAAAUCUCCAAACGCUGGGACCCGUAUGAACAAGACGGUAACUCGACGAGAAGCAGACAGAUGGACACUUUGGAUACUGUGAAAAGCAAUCGCAGGAGGCAGACUAUCGGGGGAUGUGCGCAUGUUCCGUAGCAUCUUUUCUACUGAAGUGAUGGCGUGGCAAAAGUAUUUUCAAUGGGCAUAGUCCUCUUCACAUAAAUGGCCUGACCAAGGAAGAAUGACUUGCAGAGGAUACCAUGAGGACCGAACUGGAAUAUGAUUACCAGAGGAGAGCAUUAGUUUAGGAGGAGAAACACAUCUUCAGCCACCAACAGCGCAAUCUCAUUACUGGCUAUUUACAACAUGCUUCAGUGGAGGAGAAGAUACUGCUGCUUUGUGAAGAUGAGCUGGAAUGUCAAGAGGUCUCUGUUUCGUACUCAUCUUAUAGGUGUACUUUCUCUGGUGUUUCUUUUUGCUGUGUUUCUGUUUUUCAAUCACCACGACUGGCUGCCAGGCAGGGCUGGAUUCAAAGAAAACCCUGUGACAUACACUUUCCGUGGAUUUCGGUCAACAAAAAGUGAGACAAAUCACAGCUCUCUUCGGAACAUUUGGAAAGAAACAGUCCCUCAAACACUGAGGCCUCAAACAGCAACUAACUCCAACAACACAGACCUGUCACCACAAGGAGUUACAGGACUAGAGAACACACUUAGUGCCAAUGGAAGCAUUUACAAUGAAAAAGGUACUGGACAUCCACAUUCUUACCAUUUCAAAUACAUCAUCAAUGAACCUGACAAAUGUCAGGUGAAAAAUCCCUUUUUAAUCCUACUGAUAGCUGCAGAACCUGGACAAAUAGAAGCGAGAAGAGCGAUCCGACAGACCUGGGGCAAUGAAACUCUAGCCGCUGGUAUCCCAAUUACACGAAUUUUUUUGUUGGGCCUAAGUGUUAAGCUAAAUGGCUACCUUCAACGUGCAAUACUGGAAGAAAGCAGACAAUACCAUGAUAUAAUUCAACAGGAAUAUUUAGAUACAUACUAUAAUUUGACCAUUAAAACACUAAUGGGCAUGAACUGGGUUGCAACGUAUUGUCCACAUGUUCCCUAUGUUAUGAAAACUGAUAGUGACAUGUUUGUUAACACUGAAUAUUUAAUACAUAAAUUAUUGAAGCCAGACCUGCCUCCCAGACAUAACUACUUUACUGGCUACUUAAUGAGAGGAUACGCACCCAAUCGCAACAAAGACAGUAAGUGGUACAUGCCACCAGAACUCUACCCAAGUGAGCGCUACCCUGUCUUCUGCUCCGGGACCGGUUAUGUUUUUUCUGGAGAUCUGGCAGAAAAGAUAUUUAAAGUGUCUUUAAGCAUCCGUCGUUUGCACUUGGAAGAUGUCUAUGUGGGGAUCUGUCUUGCCAAACUGAGGAUUGAUCCUGUGCCCCCUCCCAAUGAGUUCGUAUUCAAUCACUGGCGAGUUUCUUACUCAAGCUGUAAAUACAGUCACCUAAUUACCUCUCAUCAGUUCCAGCCUAGCGAACUGAUAAAAUACUGGAACCACUUACAACAAAAUAAGCACAACGCCUGUGCCAACGCAGCGAAAGAAAAGGCAGGCAGGUAUCGCCACCGUAAACUACACUAAAAAAGACAACUUUUGUUUUCCAAUGUGCAAUCUGUAAAAUAUUGUUAAAAGCAUGUAUAGUUUAAACUGAUUACAUCCAUAGGACAAGCUUUAGUUACAAGUCAUCACAUAAAUGAAUUCCAAAAAAAUAUUUUUUUAAUUUCCAAAGAAGAUAAUUCUUAAAACACCUACACUGUAAUAACAAAGGCAUCCCAAAAGAAUCUUUAAAAAUUUGUAUGAGGGGAAUCUGUGUGUCAACAUGCAAUAACAAGCAUGCACAUAUGAUGGUUCAAAUCAUCUGUUAAAGGAAAAUAGAUUUGCAUAUAUUUUCACAAAAAUCUUAAUUUUAAAAACAAAAAACAGUUGAAAGACUAGGUUAAGUUGUUUAUCAUUUCACCAUACAAAUAAAUGUAAAUAAAACAAUGCUGUCAAUUUUGAGGAAACUUUGUACAAAAGACAGAUUUUCUGACCUGACUAUUUUAGGGUUAUAAAAACUAUAUUCCAUGCAAUAACAUUGAGUUAUUCCAUGAACAUAUUUAUAAAGUUCAAAUGUUUCAUAAAUAUAGUUCUCAUCUAAAUACUUAACUUUUAAAAAUUGACAUUCAUUUUGUUUCACUAACAAUAUUGAGAGGAAUUAUUUUGACACGACAUGGUAAAAUGUGAAAAAAGUAUAUCAAUGUGUCUCAGGCUCUACUUUAAAAAAAAAAAUUAAAUGUUUCAAAAUAGUUGGUAUCAAAAUAGUCUGAUGUUAAGGGUCAAUCUAGAACUCUUCAGUGAGUUAUUGAAUUAGGUUGGUUAGAUAUAAAAGAGUUCCACCACUUACCUAUAAAAUAUGAUGUUCCUCUAACUGAAACUAAGUGAUCACUCACAAAGAGAAUGUGCUGUUUAAAAAGUAAAAGUUAAAGAGGAUAGCAGUAGCUUCACUCAACAUACUUUGAAGAUGCCUGUCUGCCAAACUGCAACAUAUGGGAUGUUUAUUUCCUGACAGCAGGUGUGCACAUGCCAACACUUAAUCAUUUCAUGGCACUUCCUUCCCUCUGAGUGCCAAGUUUACAAACCUGUGGUUUUUAAUUUCAUAGAUGACACAUAUUCUGCGUCACCAAUUAAAAACGUUUUGGGGAAAGCUGGGGAAAAACUACAAAUGUUUGAUGAACACUUGAUUCUAAAAUGAAUAAUGUGACUGCACUUUUAUCAAAUUUUUAAUAAAAAAAUAAAUUAAAAACUUUA